CACGCCUACCCGUACCGCGCCGCAAACGCGCCCCCCGCGCCGCCCACCAGCAUCCCGCUCGACGAGAAUUUCGAUGCGGCGACGACGGCCGCGCCGUCGGAGUGGGGCCAGCGCCACGGCCGCGGCGGGGACGGGCACCCGGAGUACGACGAGAGCGUGACGGGGUACCAGAACUACGUCGUGGAGCUGGAGCGCAUGCUCGAGGGCCAGAUCGACACCGCGGCGCAGGCGCAGGCGCGCAUGCUUGAGGCGUACCGCGAGCGCGACCUCCAGCACGAGCGCGAGCAGGACCAGCAGCGGAGCCGUCGCGCCGCGAGCCCGACACCCCCACCAUCCAAUGCGCGCCCGCGCCCGCGCACGCUCAGCGUCGCUAGUGUGAGCGUCAUCCCCAAAACUCACGGAGGUGACUCGCGCCGGCGCGUCGACUGCUGGAUCGACGAGAGCGCGUGCGGACGCGGGAGCAGCCGCCCCGAAUGGCCUGCGCCGCUUACCAUGGCCCCGCCCCCUCCCCCGAUGCCAGCACCCCGGCCCACGCGGCGGCGGCAGAAGUCGCUGCCUCUGUCUCUUCCCGUCCCGCCCUCUCCGCCACUGCCGCCCCCGCCUCCGGACUACACGCGGCAUGUGAGCGGUAAGAAGGGUCGGGUGGAGCUCGUCGAGCAGCGCGUGAUCGAGGACAGCGCGGCGCGCACGAUCUCGCUCUGGCGCGAGCGAGUGGCGGCGAGUAGUGUUGGAGGGAGCGCGAGCCGGUAUGAGGAGACACAGCGGGGCGGGAACGGUGAUGAGGGGGAGGCUACUACGGCGGGGGGAAUGGGAGACGGGCGGAGCGUGGCGGGGAGCCAUGCACACCGCCGGGUGCCGUCAGGCUCGAUGAACAGCGACCCGCGCCUGCGGAGGGUUAUGAGCGAGCAUACACGCUAUGAUAACUCUGACAAGACGAGGCAUGGCAAGGGCGCGGAUGGCGGGAAACGCGAGAGACAUGCCUAUGAGCGAAGCGAGUACAUGGUUUCAUACGACCAUGCCAACGGCGGGGCACCCGUGGAGAUGCUCCCCGGAGGUCCCCAAGGAGCUGGGGGGAACAACACGCGGGACCUGCGCACGCCGUCGAGCCCAACGACGGACAGGAGGUUCGAUCGGGGCGCGCCCUCCCCAAGCCUGCGUCGGCACGCCGCCAGGAAGUCGAUGGACCGGAGCGAGUACAUGGUCUCUUACCCGCAAACGCCGCCGCACACAGACAGUCAGGGAAGUUCAGGCAGCCCAUCGGGCAUCAAGCACCCGCGGGGUGCGUUCUCCCCCGUUCCCCCAGGGCCCCCAGCAGCGGGCCCGCUCUCGCCGCUACACGGCUCGUUCCAAAACAUGCGCGACGCGCUGCCGCUGAGCCCGGCGAACACGGGCGCGGCGAAGGCGACGACGACGUCGUCCGUCGAGGCGAUCCUCGCCGCGUGCGACCCGUCGCUGCUGCACAUCGCCCCCGUGCUGCACGAGCUCGGGGUGCGGCGCGUCGACCACCUGCGCGCGAUCCCGCGGCUGAGUGAGGAGACGCGCGACCGGGAGGUGAAGGAGCAGGCGCUGCGCCGGGGCGUGUCGGUUGUGGAGUGGGCUAUCUUCUUGGAUAAGCUGCAGACGUUGUAGGAUUCUGUUUGAGAGGUUGUGGGUUUU